GGAUGGGAGUGAGUUGUCUGUCGCUUCAAAUUCUUUUGGCCAAUGUCAAAACCAGGAUGUCUCCAAGAAUAGAUGUGGCAUUCCCUGGAACUGGUCAAGAAUUCACCGUAGUGGAAAAUCCUUUCUUGAUCUGGCCGGCAAAAACUUGUACUGUGGGUUUUCCGAGUCAACAAGGUCAAGAAUCCAUGCCGAUUUUUCUGGAGAGUUGGGUAUUUUUGCGGGCAAUAAUCUGCUAAACGAUGAUACUGACUCCGAACUUGUUUCCGAAGCUAGGUUUUGCGGUAAAUGCUGUUCUCUAGGUCAUAAUGGCAACAGUUUCAGGCACUGGAGUCUCACUAAUAAAUACAUGCCUAUGACCUUCCGGGGUUUGGUUGGACAAAAUUUGGUUGUAAAAGCUCUUUCCAAUGCCAUCCACAAGAGGAAGGUCGGGUCACUUUAUGCGUUCUAUGGGCCAAGCGGUACGGGAAAGACUUGCUGUGCACGGAUAUUUUCCCGGGCUUUAAAUUGCAAAUCUCGUGACCAUCAUUCCAAGCCUUGUGGAGCUUGCAGUUCUUGCAUCAACAAUCUAAAUGUAAGAGAAAUAGGUCCAGUGAGUAAUGUCGACUUUGAGGAUAUUAUGGACCUUCUUGAAAUGAUGAGUGUUUCUCAGUACAGAGUAUUUAUCUUUGAUGGUUGUGAUAAUUUAGCGACUCGCUCAUGGAAUGCUAUUCUGAAGUUUAUAGAUCGUGCACCUAGGAAAGUUGUUUUCGUUCUUAUUUGUUCAAGACUCGAUGAGUUGCCUCAUAUGAUCAUAUCCAGGUGUCAAAAGUUCUUUUUCCCAAAGUUGAGAGAUGUGGAUAUGAUCCGUACAUUGCGACGUAUUGCUGCUGAAGAGGAAGUGGAGAUUGACGAGGAUGCAUUGAAGCUUGUUGCAACAAGAGCAUAUGGAUCUCUCAGGGAUGGGGAGAUGACUCUUGAGCAGUUGAGUUUGCUUGGGCAGAGAGUUACUGUUUCUUUGGUUCAAGAACUAGUCGGGCUAAUUUCUGAUGAGAAAUUGGUAGAUCUACUUGACCUGGCAUUAUCAGCAGACACGAUCAACACUGUGAGAAAUCUUCGGGGGAUAAUCAAAGCCGGGGUUGAGCCCUUGGCUUUAAUGUCUCAACUAGCUACUGUUAUAACUGACAUUCUUGCUGGUAGCUAUGACUUCUCAAAAGAUAGGUCACAGAGGAGGAAGUUCUUUCGCCGCCAUGCAUGUAUGCGUUAACCAAAGACGAUUUGGAAAAAUUACGGCAGGCUCUGAAAACAUUAUCAGAAGCUGAAAAGCAGCUGAGAGUAUCAAAUGACAGAGUCACGUGGCUUACGGCAGCUUUACUUCAACUUGCGCCUGAUCAGCAAGAUCAACUUCUCAUUUCCUCCGCAGACACAAGUUUUAAUCAAAGUCCCCUUGGAUUGUUCAACUAUGGAGGAGAAACAGAGUUGUUGAAAACAGAAAACGUUCAAACAGGGAGUUCAAUGAGCAAUUACAAUGACGGUACUGAGAAGAGAGGUAUUAUUGAACGAAAACAACAUAGUUUUGCAGAUAUUUGGAUGGAUGUAAUAAAAAGGAUUAAUGUAACGAGCUUAAAGGAGUUCUUGUAUCAGGAAGGAAGGCUGGUCUUGGUUAGAUUUGGUGCAGCUCCAAAGGUACGUUUGGUUUUCCGUUCACAUGUAUCGAGAUCCAAGGCAGAGAAAUUUAGAGUACAUAUUUCACAAGCAUUUGAAUCUGUUCUUGGAUCAUCCCCUGUGAUGCUCGAGAUCAGAGAUGAAUCAAGGAAAGAUCUAAAGGCAGGAUUAACUGUCUUUCCCACAUCUCGUGGCGGUUCAUCGUCUCACAUUCAAACAAGCUUCAGUCGUCACACUAGGCUUCAAAAAGAAAGAGUAGGAGCUUUGCCUGGAGAUUUUUACUCCUCCGGAACAGCAGAAAAUGAGAUUGUAGAAUUAGAAAGUACACCCUCGAGAGUAGCCAAACAACUUGAAGUGAGACAAUUGGGGAAUAUAGAACAGAAGAAUAUGAGCCUAGUGAGAGGGAAGGUGUCUCUUGCUCAAGUGCUGCAACUGGCAGAAGGAUGUGCACAGCAGCCGCAGUCCAUAUGGUCACACCGCAUGGCAGUCUCUGUUGCUGAAAAGCUUGAACAUGACAAUCUGAGACUGGAGCCCAGAUAUAGGAGUUUGUUUUGCUGGAAGUCUAGAAGGGUAUCAUGUCCAAAGCUUAAGCGGUUGAGAACCAGAAGUAGGAGACCAAAAGCUUUACUGAAGUUGGUCUCUUGCGGGAGGUGUCUCUCUGGCAGGUCUUCAAGGUAAACACCAUAGAAAAACUUACCAGAUGGCAACUGAAUGCUUAGGUGCAGAUUUCCAUUGUAUUUUUGUUUUGUUUUGUUUUAAUGCAUACCUCGUGAAAAGCUAAAAAUUUUGUUAGUUAGCUACAUUUUCUAGAGGUAGAAACACCGUUGGUAAGAAAUGGUGAUUAGAGCUUCUACUUGUUAAGGUUUAGGCCUCUUUCAAUUGCAUUAUCUGUUACAUAUUGUAGAUGUUUUUAUAUAGGAAGUUGCCAUUUUUGGGUGGACAACUGGAACAAGCAGAUCAUCCUUUAGCAGCAUGUCUUCUAAAAGAGUGACACGAAAUUAC